CUGACUCAAAAACAAAAGAUCUCAAAACACAAGCAUGUCCCAACCCAGAUUCCUCUCCACUGUCUCCCUCUGUCUCACCCUUCUUCUGCUCCACGCCCAUCUUCCAAUCUGCAACGGCCUAUCGUUUGUGGACCUCAAUUUGUUGAAACACAAUGAAAUGGCUGUGAUGACCAAAAGGGUUUGCACCAAAACCAUUGGAGAGUGUCUGAGUUUGACCGACCCAGACAUGGAUUCGGAGACCAACAGAAGAGUUCUGGCAAUGCAGAAAAAGUACAUUAGCUAUGAGACACUCAAGAGAGACAUGGUUCCCUGUGACAGGGCUGGAGCUUCUUACUACAAUUGUCAGGCAAUACGAGCCAAUCCUUAUAAUAGAGGCUGUGAGGUGGAAACCAUUUUGAAGCUUCUAAACGCAGUUAUGAUGAUGGCUUGAUCAUUGCUGCUAUUGGCAUUGGGUGGGCGCAAGUGCAAUGUGUAUGAGUGAGUGCGUCUGCUGGAUCCAAUUUUAAGCAUCCGAACUCUACCUACUUUCUCCGUUACUUUUCUUUACAAACAAGAAUGAUAAUAAAAGACCUAUUAGCAUUGGUGAGGUUAGGAUUAAAAGGUUCUUAAAAAAAUCCAACAUAAAAUAUCUGCAUAAACAUCCUGAUAGUAGAGUGGAGCUACAAUGAGUCGAUCAAAGUUUUUUUUUUUAAACAUUUGAUUUUAAUUUGAAUUCACACCAUCAUAUAUUUAUUACGUUUUUCAAGAAUUUUUUAUAUUUUUUAAUAUGAAUAUAUCACAUAUUUUACUACUUUUAAAAUAAACGUAUGUGCUUAUUCUGAUCCAUUUCUCAAUCUUAUUCAGCUUAUUCGUAACAACAUGCCAGUCCAGGACUUUCAACUUCAAACCAUUUUUUUAGCUCAUUUCCAACCACAAUAUGUUAAAAUAAGAGAAUGAAACAGCACUUGAUGUCCGCUUACUAUAUCAAUGCAAUAUAUAUUCUUAUUUCGUGUACUUCAAUCAGAAGCUUCUUAUUUUACGUGAUACUAAUCAAUCUUUGAGUUCAACUGAUAAUAUAAAUCUCAGUGACGUGAUGUUCUUAAGAAAAUUAUAUCAGCAGGUUAGUUGAAGCGUUUGAAAUAAAACACGAGGACAUAAAAGAAUUAGAAAAUUGGAUGUAGAGAGACACUUUAAUUGGUGUACUUGAUUAGAGCUAACAGGGAGUUUCAGUUUCAGCGAGCACAUGAAAACGAAUUAGAAGACAUAACUUGUGAGAGACGGUUUGGAAGGAUUGUGAUCCUAGGAAAAGAAAUUAGAAAGAAGCUCCUAUUCUGGCAGAAAUUUGAAAAAGGAUGUCUCUCUUGAUUGUCCCUCUAAUCAGUAGCUGUAAUGAGCAGGCUUGUAUGGACCCUUAACAGGGACACUGAUGUAAUCAGCCUGAUCUUUGGUGAGCUUAGCUCCUAGCUGGCCAUCAAGCUGUUUGGGCAAAACAUAAACCUUGUUUUCGUACUUGCCAGUACCCUUCUCCUUCCACAGCUCAAGCUGAGCGAUGACCUGCUUGGUGAAGGAGCAGGACAUCACAGAUCUGGGGUGGCAAAGUUCAUCAGACGACCCUCGGCCAACAGAAUGAUGCCUGUCUCGAUCUCAGGGAAAACCCAUCUGUCGGUUUGAGGUUUAAUACUGAUGCGCUCCACACCAGGGUAGUUCUCAAGUGCCCAAUGUUGCACACGAUCGCGUUGUUCUUCAUUUUCUUCAUGUGGCUCACCGUGUUGAUGUCCUUGUUCCCGGUGGUGAGAGAACCUGAAGACCCUCCAUCAGAGCAACGCCAUUAUCGAUUAACGAUGUUCUUCCUCUUGUUCUUGGAUCGAUGUUCUUUAAAUACCCUCCUUUUUCACCAAGCCCAUUCCUUUCCUUCCGGAUCAAUCCCAAUUUAACUAUGAAUCAUUUUAUUUUAUUCAUUUUCA